AUCAUGCAUUUAGCUCCAGUUAUGGCAUUCUCCACGGUUUUGGUUCUAUUACAACAUUAGUAACAAUUUUCUUUGAAAACUGGACUUGAUCUAUUUUCGUAAUUUACGUGCAAGCAUCACUAGAGGCGUUUUUUAGUAACCGAAAGAAGGAAUAACGAGUUCAACAAAGAAUGGCAAAAAGGACUCGACCCAUCCUUGGAUUCUUGAUGUUGCUUUCUGCAAUCGCUAUCAUCAUAAUGUGGUGGAACGAUGACAUUAUAUCUAUGAAUCGUCUUGCUGCAGUAAUACCUCUGUCGAUUAAAAACGGGGUGAUAUCAUGUAACCUGGACAAAACAUCGCCUGUUGAACCUGAAACUUUGCAGAACCAUCCUUUAUGUCCGAAUCGGAAACGGAAACAUUUUCCUCAUUUCUCUUAUCCCCCCGCUACACCAAGGCAAUGGAUUACACAAAUGGACACUACAAACAGUACCUUCAGCCAAUUUACCAUCGUCAAUGACACGGAAUCUUAUUCUGUAUGCGACCAACUCGAACUCUUAAUCGAAGCACGGAACGGCUACGAUGAGCCCAAGACUUACGGUGGAGAUCUAUUUCGUGCCAAGAUCUUCACUCGGAACGCGUCUUUUAGUGCAGGCUCGGGAACAGAUGGUGAGGUCAUUGACCUCGGAAAUGGGAAGUAUAGCGCCCUCUUCACUCUGAAGUGGGCCGGGGAUGUCAGUAUCAAUGUCAUUUUGGCAGUCCCUAGUGAAGCCGUUUUCGAACUACAAAACCUGAAGGAAACACUGCAGCCUCGUGAGAAUUAUUUGGGGAAAUUUGAGAAGGAGAUAGAUGGAAACAAUGUAGAAGAAGAUGUGCUAUGUGGUCCCGUGCCCGAAAGAAGAUUGACGUCGAUUUGCAACCUAUCCAAUCCUAGCGUGGGAUUGACAUGGUACUGUCAGAAACCCAAAUCAAGCCUUCUCUCUUGCUCUGAUUGGACAGCGUUUAGGACACUUGAAUGGCCGUCCAACAAAAGGAUUGAAGACGAAGGUUACAGCAGGAGAUCGUCUGUAGUUCAUCGCCCUGCAGUUCGAAUCAAGGGCUUCCCUAAACACGUGAUAGUAAACAGCAAAUCAGGUGACUUUAUAAGUGAACAAGUGGAUCGUCUACCAGUGUGUGGCCAACAACAUGACAGCCUUCAAGUUAUACCGUGGGUGGCGGGCUUCUACCAGAAUAAACGUUGGUAUCCUCCCACUUGCAAAGUGAAUCACUUCCCAUCAGACGGUCCAGAGCGAAAGAAUUGCCUGGCCAACAAGAACGUCUACUUUUAUGGCGAUUCGACCAUCAGAAUUGUGCACUCUAAUUUGAUUAAAUCAUUAUUUGGAGCCAAUUUAACGGUAGGGAAGGAGGAACACGACAUUCAUUUACAUUACCGCUUCCAUCAUAUUCCUAUACGCAAAUUUUUCUGGUAUAAAUUAAGUACCCUUUAUUUCAUUACCAAUGAACUGGACGGAAUCGGGUCUAAUGAGACUGCGAUUGUUGUCAUAUGUUUGUGGGCGCAUUUUCAACCUCUAUACAGGUCCUUUUACGAGCAGCGGAUUAAAUCCAUCGCUGACGCUGCCCUGAGGCUACUGAACAGAAACCCAACGGUAGUUGUCAUGUUUAAGGGUGGAAAUACCCAAACUCCGUACGGGCCGAGGGUCCAGUAUCUAAAUGAUCACUACGCACGAGACAAUGAAGAAGCCCUUAGACGCAUCCUCAAGUCUUAUCCAAAGAUACAUUUUCUGGAUGCUUGGGAUAUGAGUAAAGGACAACUUGGCAAACCGAAUACCCAUCCUCCGAAACCUCAUGCCUCAAACUUGGUCGACCAAAUGUUGACAAUAGCUUGCCCUAGAGAUGUUUGAACGGAGCAGAUUGAUGUUGAGUCCUGGUCCUGAACAGUGGGACUAGGUAAGAAACUAAACUGGUCUUGAUAAACUCUCGGCUCACUUCGUUCCAUAAGUCUUAGCGUUUUGGGGUUACAUGUUCAUUCGUGGAUUAUCAAGUCCUUAUUUCCAAAGGGUCAGGUGUAACGUUUGUGAAAUACAAUGGUCUUAUCGCCAAAGCGUUGGGUCAGGUUACCCGACACUUUCUGAAAAAUAAGCCUACAGUAAAUCUACGCAAAUCCGCGUCUCGACCCUAUUCUUUUUUACGCAAUAAAUAAUUACAAGAGUUCGUUAAAAGGUUAGCGGUGGAUAUUUCGUCAUUGUAUGGGCAUAUUUUCACAAAAAGGAACAUGUACAAACAAUUAGCCUUUAGUUAUCUCAAGGACCAUCUUUGAACAUUUUUGAAUUAUUUGCAUUCAGUUUAACCAACCUUUCGUGCAUAUGGUGGUGGGGGGGGGGGGGGGGGCAUGUUUUCACAAAAUGUAGUGACAACGUAAAUGACCCGACUUUCGUGCAUGUGGGGGUAUAUUUUCAUGAAAGGCCGUGUAACCCGACAAUCCGACCCGACGCGAUGACCCGAUGGAACGAAGUAAGCCGACUUCAUGGACAUGUUCAGUGAUGUAAGAGAAUUAACACACGCUUCUAUGAGGCGUCCGCUAUCUAAACUUAAAGGUAAUAAAAAGUUUUGGGAUGGGGUCAUGAAUUUGGUUCAAAUGAACAUA